GGCCGGGCUGAGGUGGCCGUGUAUAAAUAGUGUGAUCUGAAAAACACAGACAUAACAGCAGGAGUGAUCUAAACCUUCUACACGCAAACAUAUCGCCGAAAUCACUGUUGAGCAGACACAAAGAUUCGCGUUAGAUUCAUUUUAAAGUGGAUUUCCGUAAUCAGCCAUGGAAGAACUCACGGCGUUCGUGUCGAAAUCCUUCGAUCAGAAAAGCAAGGAGAGCAGCAAAGAGAGCAUCACGUACAGGGAAGUUUUGGAGAGUGGUUUAGCCCGUGCCAGAGAGCUGGGAAACUCGGAGACCAGCCUUCAGGAGAUUACAGAAACCAACAACAACCAUUGUCCGGUACACCUUUACAAGGAGCACGUAGAGCUGGAAAAGGAGAAAUUGAAGGAGUUUAACGUGACACGGGCUACUGACGGAAUUUACGACUGCAAAGACAAGAAGGAGGAUGUGAAAUCAGAGGACGAGGACGCACAGAGUAAACUGAAGCAGAGACGGAGCAGGACAAAUUUUACGUUAGAGCAGCUGAAUGAACUGGAGCGCUUAUUUGAUGAGACGCAUUACCCGGACGCCUUCAUGCGGGAGGAGUUGAGUCAGAGGCUGGGGCUGUCUGAGGCCCGCGUGCAGGUAUGGUUUCAGAACAGAAGAGCGAAAUGCCGAAAACAGGAAAAUCAAAUGCACAAAGGAGUUAUUUUGGGCACCGCGAGUCACUUGGACGCAUGCAGGGUAGCUCCUUACGUGAAUAUGGGCGCACUCCGAAUGCCAUUUCAACAGGUCCAAGCUCAGUUACAGUUGGAGGGGGUCGGAACACACUCCCAUCCUCAUCUGCACCCACACCUCGCGGCCCACGCUCCCUAUCUGAUGUUCCCGCCCCCACCCUUUGGAUUACCGAUCGCGUCGCUGGCAGACUCGGCCUCUGCGGCGGCCGCCGUGGUAGCGGCUGCCAAGAGCAAUAGCAAGAACUCCAGCAUCGCCGACCUGCGACUCAAGGCAAGAAAACACGCCGAGGCGCUGGGACUCUGACCCCCAUGGGCUUCUCUGCUGCUCUGAACUGAUAAUUGCUUCUAACACAAGACUAAGCCUGUGAAAAGGCCGUGACACUCACAGUUAAAACAAAACAAAAUAAAAACAAAAGAGAAAAAAAGGGGUGUAAGGGGAGAGAAUGAGAGAGAGAGAGAAAAAAGUCACAAAAAACCAGCUGCCAAAACAAACCACUUGUAGAGAAAGGUAAUUAAAUACCAAUGAAUCACCUUUUACUUUUCGCCCAACAGGCAGGACUUCUUGGAGGCCACUGGCUCAGCCCUUUCCAGGCACAGAUCACAGCCCCAGGACCAUACAAAAAUGUCUGGAUGUCUGUCUGAAAACCAGCGUUUAGGAGAGAAGACUUUUUAAAAAAGCAAAGGCAGACACAGAGUGAGGCUAGAGGUUGUGUUUUUACGGACAGACACUGAAACUUUGGAAUCUCAACCUCAAAGUGAAAAGAAAGAGACGGCCAUAUUUGCCUCCUACCACUGUGCCGCUGCCUAGUGCACGUGCUCAAUUGAAGGAUAGACCUAUUGGGGCUGGCCUCCAUUGUAACUGACAUACAUCUAUGUUGAUCACUGCCAUGAUAACCCUCCACUGCAAUUCAUAUCCUAAAGCCGUUAUUUGCAUUUUUUUUCCUCUCUUUUUUUUUUUUUUUUUUGUUUGUUCAUUCUGCUGUGGACAAAGACUGGAAACAGCAAUAACAUCAAUGGCACAAUCGCCUGGUUUUUAGUGGAAUUCUUAUGAUUCUUUCUGUUUUGCGAGGAAAUGUUGCAUUGCUGUUAUUUCCUUCCGGGCAUGUGUAUGGACUUUUAGCUUUCAUUCUCAUAUUUUGUGCUCUCUUUUUUAUGUGAUGUGUCCUGGAAUAGAAGUGAACCUAGCUUUUGCACUUCAGGUCUUGUAUUAAGGUGUUUACAAUCCUUAAUGCAAGAUAUACUACUUUUAUGUAAGGGGGAAACAAAUUUGGCUUUCGUUUCGCUGAAAUACAUUUAAAAUCACUUUUUUGGUUUGUUUCAAAAAGGAUAAACAGUAACUGCAACUUUGUAAUUUAACAUUUUAAGAAACAUCAGUUUAACUGAAAUGCAAUUAUGUGCAGUUAAGUGCAAUACUGUAAAUAUGGAAAACGUAAUAUAGCGGUUGAUGUUUGCUAAUUAAACAAUGAUUUUUAAGUUCUUGGGUUUUUGGCACUGAUGUUGAUGUGUUGAGAGUCCUUGAGAGCCACAAACACAUCUUUAAAAGCUGUGUAAAAGAUAAUUUGCUAACUCAUUUGCAAUGUGCCAUAACUCCCUGAAGUUCAAUGGUAUUCAAAUAUAGUUUUGUACACGUGCAUUCAAAGAGAUAUUGAUAUCAUCUUAAAGCAGACAAGGGAAAAAGUUCAUUUGACACUGUACAAAAAUGCUCUAGGUUCAUGGGUCAUAAACACGUCUGGUUUUUAACAUAAUAAAUCCACCAAAGACAACAAUUUGAUCGCAUUAAUAGAGGUAGAAUUAUUUAAUUUAAUGCUGCAAAAUCAUUUACAGUUUUAGCAAAUGCAUACACAUUCUUUUCUCCCCAUAUUUUCCUGUAAACAUCAAAUUGAAUACAAUACGCUCGAGAAAAACAGUAUUAUUUCCAUAACCGUACUAUGAAACAAAUUGCCAGUUCAGACAUCAAUUGCCUUUGAACUACAGUAGUAGAUCUCGGUCAGGUCUACCUCUAAUAAACGCUACAUUGUGGGCUGUUUUCGUUGUUCACCAUUACGGUUGUUUAGGAAUGUUUCUGUUUCUUUAAUUGAAGUCAUAGGUGCUUUUAUUUAUUAUUUUAUCUAAAAGUUUAUAAAUGUUAAAUAGUCGAAUUUCAAGUGUACAUAUUUACAUGGCUUUGCAUUUAUUUUUAUAUAUUUUUUAAAUGUUAACAUUUGCAACAGUUUUACGCAAACGUGUGACUGCAGUACAUUUGUUUGACUAAAAUGUAGCGUGUUUGAGUUUACAAACAUUUCAGGGAUGGUGGAUGAAACCAUAAUUUGUGUUGAGAUUUUCUUGAUGCUCCGAGGAAUUUGUUGUAUCCCAUCAUAUUGCAUAUGCAAGCAUGCCCAUACAUGAUUCGCCAUUGAGGUUUUUUUUUUUUCUGUUGUUUCACUAAAAAAAAAAAAGAAUGUACAUCUUGUACAAGUAAUCUAUCAAUAAAAGUUAUAAAUAUUUGUAA